AUGUCUCCAGUCCCGAAACCUCAGAGUCACGCCAAUGGAGAAGCAGGCGAGUGCGAGGACCGCUUCCUUGCCUCACCAUCACACUGCCCCUCUUCGGUCCACUCCCCAGGGGCACCAUCAAACAUGCCCAAACUCCUCGCCAUAUUCGGCGCCACAGGUCAACAAGGUGGUUCGAUCGUGGACUUCGUCCUCAACGACCCUCUACUUUCCAAAGAGUACACUGUCCGGGGCAUAACCCGCGACCCCUCCUCGCCAUCCGCCCAGUCGCUCAAGGCCAAAAACGUCCAAGUCGUUUCUGGCGACGUGACCGACCCGUCCUCUCUCACCACAGCCCUAAAAGACGCCCACACUGUCUUCGCCUUGACCGCACCAUCCUUCGGGCCGGACUCACGCGCGCGAGAGUUCGCCACAGGCAAAGCCAUCGCCGAUGCCGCCGUCGCCAACGGUGCAUCGUACAUCAUCCUGAGCACGCUCCCCAACGUGACCGCCCUGUCCAACAACAAAUACACCAAAGUCACCAGCUUCGACGCGAAAGCCGACGUCGAAGCCUACAUCAGGACCCUCCCCAGUAUCAAAUCCGCCUUCUUCGCGCCGGGAAGCUUCAUGCAGAAUUUCCAAUCCAUCAUGGCCCCUCGACCCGCCACCACAAGCACUGGAACCCCAGGCGAUUGCGAAUUCGUCGUCGCCCGGCAUGUCAGUCCCGAGACGCAGCUCCCUUUGAUCGACACGGUCGGCGACACCGGCAAAUUCGUCGGCGCGAUCCUCGCAGAUCCGGACAAGUACGAAGGAAAGACGUUCUGCGCCGCCACAAAGCUGUACAGCUUGGCCGACAUGUGCAGAAUCAUGAGCGAGAAAUCGGGCAAGACGGUCAAGUAUGUACAGCUAUCUAAGGAGAAAUUCCGCGAGGCUUUGACCGGCCAGGUGGGCAAUUAUGCCGAUAGUUUGAUCGAGAUGAUGUCGUACCAGCAGGAUUUUGGGUACUACGGGCCCAAGACGGAGGAAUUGGUCGCAUGGGCCGUAAAGAAUGCGAGAGGGAAAGUUACGACGUUUGAGGAGUAUCUGGAGAAGCAUCCUAUUCCGGCCUUACAGUAA